CUUUCUUUCUUUCUUUCUUUCUUUCUUUCUUUCCUUUUUCAUUUUUUUGUAGACUGACGACAGCCCAAAUUGGAUGAAAAGAUUAUUCGAGAUGCCGAUGGAGCUCGUAGAAAGAGUGAAAGAAGCGUUUUCUAGAAAGAAUUCUCAAAACAAUAACCGCUAUCAAUGGCCGUUCCAGAGUAACGCUGGUUCUUACCAACAACAGCCUCCCCAACAACCUCAGCAGAAUCCAGGAGCAGCCGUAUAUUUAUAUGCUCCCGCUCCUCCACCACAAAAUCAAGGAAAUGGACAGCCUGGUUCUCAGCCAUAUCCAGGAUAUGGACCGCCUCCUCCGCCACCAUAUGGACCAUAUGGACCACCUCCUCCUCCACCCAGUGGAAAUGAUCAACCUUCUUCGGUAUCAUUUGGAAUAUAUGGACAACCUGGUCCUCAGCCAUAUCCAGCAUAUGGGCAGCCUCCUCCUUCGCCAUAUGGAGGAUAUGGACCACCUCCUCCUCCUCCACCCAGUGGAAAUGAUCAACCUACUUCGGUAUCAGCUGGAAUAAAUGCACCACCUCCUCCACCACCACCUGGCGGAAGUCAACCUCCUCCUCCACCACCUUUUGAAAGUCAGGAACCUGCACCAUAAACCUGACCAUUCAACCUGGGAAAUACACUCAGAUUGGCAAGCUGGAUCCGCUGAGAACAAUCUUCAGUGCCUGCCGCUACGCUUUCCUUCUACAAAUUUCAUAACUUUAUUACCAAUCAGGUUUCAUAAUGCGAACCGCAACUUCCUUUUAACCGGGGUCUGCUAACUGUAGUUUUUUCUGUUGAUUUUGGGUGCCUUUACUGUAACCCAGGGUGAGGGAAGACUCGUGAACACUGGUUGCUUUGCCGUAAAAUAAAAAAUAUGUUACUACAUCAC